AGCGCUACAGGGUGCAGGAGGAGGAGUACAGGGAGCAGGUGAGGCAGCACGCUCACACGAUUGUGGCCCUGGAGCAGCGCUGGGUGGAGAGCGUACACACAGCCUGGAGCCUGGAGGAGGAGAGGAGCACUCUGAGGGAGCAGAUUAGAGAUCUGGAGGGGAAGCUGGAGAGAAAGGAGGUCGAGGGAAGGGGGAGUCCAUCUGAGACCACAAAACUAACAACCAUGGAGGAAACCAUCACAUCACUGAGGGCUCAGUUGGCCCAGUCUCAGCUGGAAGCAUGCAGCCAGUGUGACAUCAUCGGGGCCCUGAGGUGUGACCUGGCUACGGCCACCGCCAGGAUCUCAGGCAUGACAGGGGAGCUCAGUGAGAAGCAGAAACUGGAGGUGGAGCAGCACAGGGCCCUGGUGGAGGACCAGAGGGUCAGACUGAGCACGCUCACUGACAAGCUGGCGAUGAUGUCACAGCUGCUGGAGCAGAAAGGGGAGGAGCUGACCACUGUGAGGGCGGAGCUUAGACAGUGCCAGGUGGACUUGGAGAAGAAGGUCUGUUCUGAGAGAGCGGACCAGGAGAGAACGCAGGACUCCGAGGAGAACCGGGCUGUAGCCCGCCUGUCCCAGCACACCAAGGAUGUGGCUACUGUCUCCAUGACGGGGGAGCUGGCACAGCAGGGGUCAAAGUGCAGAGGUCACCGUCACGACAAGGUCAUCCAGCAGCAGAGGGAGGCCCUGGAAGAGAUGCGAGCCAGGAUCCGAGCCCUGGAGCUGCCGCUAUCGCUGAGCAAGCAAGGGCGGUCUGGCCAGCAGGGGGUGCUGAAGAGGCAGCAGAGGGGUGAGACUGGACAACUCGGCUUCCAGAGGUCUCCAACGACAACAAGCUUCCAUACAUCAACAAAUGGCUGGCCACAGGUCCCUGGACAUUUGGGGGAGGAGACCCUGGAGCGCACAGCCAGACUGGACCUAUCAGAUGCCCUGGAUCUCAGCGAGAGGACUUACCUGGACUUGGCGCGGGCCCUGUGUGAGGCUCUGGAGCUGAGCGAGGCCCAGCUGGAGGGGUGCCUGUCCCUGCAGCACCUGCCCCAGGAGGAGAGGACCCGUCUGGGCUCGCUGCGGCAGCGCGACCUGGAGCUGCUUCGCAGCCGUAUGAUCGUCCAGCACAGCCAGGCCCAGCGCAGGGACGCCCAGCUGCAGGAGUACGGCCGGGUGAUCAGCUCUCUCAGGGAGAGCCAGGCGGAGGGGCUGCAGCUGCAGGCCAGGCUGGACACCGUGAGGGCGGAGCUGGACACGGAGGCUCAGGAAAGCUCCCUGCUCCGCGAGGCCCUGAGACGCACCCAGAGUCUGCUAGACCAGGAGACAAGCUGCAGCUCUACUGGGAGGAGUCGCAAGAUGAUGAGUCAGGAGAAACCACAGAAGAAGAUGACCAGAGUGGCCUCUCACAGCUGUGUGCCCACCGAGGCCAGUGAGAAGGCGUCCGUGAAGAAGAGCGCCGUGCUGGAGAGGCUGAAGAAGAGGGAGUACGAGGUGGAGACCCUGAAGAGACAGCUGGGGGAGAAGGAGAGGCAGGUCAACAACAUGGCCGCCCACCUGGCCGACGCACAGGAGCAACGAGAACAACAAGACGAACAAGAACAACCGCAGACAAAGCAAGCAGAACUAGUACCAGAACCUUGCUAGCAUGCUGUAUUCAGGGUAUGAAGGGUGUGUGUGUGUGUGUGUGUGUGUGUGUGUGGGGGGGGGGGUCAUGUGAUGGGGUGUGGGAGUAUGUGUGAGUGAGCAAGCCGGUUCGAGGGUCCUAGGGAACAAUCCUCUAUUGUAACAGAUCCUAUACAAUGUCACAGUCUGCCAUUCAUCAUUCUGCGCCCCCCCCCCCUGCACCAACACAGCCAGCUAAUUUCUGCGACCCAUUAGCAAUAGAUUACAGGCACCACUUCAGAUGUUUAUGCUAGUAGCUGCUUAUUAUUUAUUAUCAACACAUGUCACCACCCGAGAGUCAUAACCCAUAGAUAUCACAUUAGGCAGACAAUGCAGUAAGUGCAUUUUAUAUAAUUAUGUUUUUAUUCUAAUGUAGGAUGUUUCCCCGUAAGUGAUGAAUGUUAUGGUUCUGUGGGUUGUGCUAGCUGACACAGCCCAUGCUAAUCACUCUCAAGGUUCAUACUGUGGCAGUGGUCAGCAAUGUGCGGUCCCUAGUCACGAAUUCACUAGAACAGCAUUUCUGCAUCCAAUUGCACUAUGUCUCAAUCUCAUUAUAAAAAUGAGCAGGGAUAUUGUUUCGGUGGCUAUUUCGGGAGUGAGAAGGCUGUGGCAACGACUGCAAGUUUGACCUUUAAUUGCUGAAACGGGAAAGAGUUGUUGAUGUUUUCACUGGUUCCUCAUUCCUGUAGAAUGUUCCUCUUCUCUCUUCCUCCCUUCAUUCUCUCUU